ACAAGCAACAUGGUUCGACGUGAAACAAUUGUGUUUUUGCUGAUCGUACUUGUCCAGUUUUCAGCACAGGCGGUGGUUAGUGACGCAAAAAAUGACAAAACGACAAAGCCCGAACAUGUGAAUACUACGAACACAAUAGAAGCAGUGGUCGAUGACGUAAAUGAAGAAUUGACAGAGUCAAGAAACGUGAAUAGUUUGGAAGGAACAGAAGAAGUUGGAAACGAAGACGCCAUCAAUAUAUCACAUUAUAAUCCAUAUCCAAGCGACGGUAGUGAGUGCUACGUACUGCCUGAUGCCUCUGAUUACCGCGGUACGGUGUCUAUGACAGAGAACGGUCGUACAUGUCAGAAAUGGUCCGAACAGUCUCCACAUCAACAUACAAUCAUACCUAACAACUACCAAUCUAGUGGUAUUGGGGAUCAUAAUUACUGUAGGAACCCCGAUGGUUCGAGCCGCACAUGGUGUUUUACGAUGGAUGUGAAUACUAGAUGGGAGUACUGUGAUGUGGGGACAAAACAAAACACGUGCCUAGCAGGGACAAAUGCGGGCGGUGUUGUUUUUACUCGAUGGGGACACAAUGCAUGCCCUGGGAGCACAGUUGUCGUAUAUUCUGGAACUAUGGCUGGUAAAUAUUAUAACAAUUAUGGAAGUGGUGGUAAUUACCUCUGUCUACCAAAGAUUCCAAAGUAUGACCUCGAUGUCAUUGAUGCUGGUUCUGAAUCUGAUAGAGGGCGCUUGUAUCCAGUGGAGUAUCGAGCCGCCACCGGUCCCCUUUCUAGUAGCAUGUAUGAUGAUGUACCGUGUGCAGUGUGUUUGGAUGAAUACCGAAGUACUUCAAUUCUAUAUCCGGCACGUGAUGACUGUCCUUCCGGUUGGACGAGAGAGUAUUAUGGGUUCCUUAUGUCCGCUAGAUAUGACACUACUUCCUAUUAUUCUACGGAGUACGUAUGUGUGGAUGCUGCCGGUAAAGCCAUUCCUGGUACUUCAGCGUCUUCGAGUACGUCAUGGAUAUAUACCGUGGAAGCCACGUGCGUGACUGGGGGUGGAAUAGCUUGUGACCCGUAUGUCACUGGCUACGAGUUGUCAUGCGCAGUCUGUGCCAAAUAAAAUCAUCUACUGCAUUUUAUUAUAAUUCCUUAUUCUAGAACCUUACAACAUCUCAGUCACAACAUUGUAUAUCCUUAUUGUUUUGCCAUGUUUGAUAGAAUCAUAUUAUUUUUUACAUUUAUAGAAAACUAUCAGCUGGGUUGCUUUGUGAAAUUUCGCUAAAUGUUUCGAGAGUAUGUGCGAAUGUAAUCACUAUGCGAAUGUAAUUUUCUAUGUCUUUUCUUGUGAAAUAUUUUUCUUAUUAUUGAUCAAUAUGAAUAAUGCCUUUCAAAUAAAAUGAGUACUAAAAUAAU